AUGACCGGCGAGAAUGGCAACACAGUGGCCGGCUCCAAAAGGUCAUUAAGUCCCGACGACGAAGGAACUCAAGAAGUACAUCAAGGCAGACAACGCUCUCGCGCAGCUUGCACGCCAUGCCGGCAAAGGAAACGAAAAUGUGACGGCCGCCUGCCGUGCGCUACUUGCGUACGAUAUGAAUACCAAUGCGAAUAUUCCACCAGCUCGAAACGCUCCUCAAUGGCGCAACAUGCCGACGUUGCUCAGGAACCUCCACCGCCUCAGCCCAUAGGCAGGACCCAUCCGAGCAUCAUUCAGCUGCAGAAGCAUCCGCUCACUGCGCCUGGGGCACGAUUCCAUCAUCGGGGUAUUUUGGAUCCUGUCAAGACGCGGUUCGUUAGAGCUAACUCUGCGGUUGCGUUUCCGAGGAUUCUGGGGAUGGAUCUGGAGAGUGAUAGUAUUCCGCGGUUGCAUUCUUUUGCGUGGCAUUUGGGAAUUCGGCCUGAGCCGCAGGAGGAGCCGGUUGGUAUUGCUACGCAUUUGACGCUUGCGGAUAUGCAGAACUAUGCGAAUGUGUACUUCCAGGUUGUCAAGCCGGAGUUUGGAUUGCUGGAGGAGGCAGAGUUCAUGGAGCAGGUGACGGCACGUUGGAAUGAUCCUGUCGGCAUUAGGGAUAUUGACUCUGUCGCGCUUGGUGUUGCUGCGCUUGGGUCUUUCUUCUCGCCGAAACCGCAUCCUAAGGAGGAUGCUAUAUUCAUGGAUGCACGUAAUGUGCUUGUGGCGAAGAGUAUCAGUAAUUCACCUACGCCGCAUCAUGUAGCUGGCUGGAUUUUGAGGACGAUCUAUCUCCGUCUGACUUCGAGGCCGCAUGGGGCAUGGAUAUCGAGCUGCAUUACUAUGCACCAGAUAGAGGCCAGCGGUCUGCAUAAGGAGAUACAGACCAUUGCCGUGGUGUACCCGCCGACGGUCACCGACCACAAACUGGCCAAGAAUCGCCGGCGACUGUUCUGGAUCUCGAGAGCUCUGAACAUCAUCUUAUCUUUCGAGUAUGGACGCUCCAGGGUCAAUUUCGAUGUUGUCACCACCAAGCGUUUUGCGUCCGAAAGUGCAAGUCAUGCGCACCAUUUCGUGGAGUUGGCCGACCUGCUGCCGAACGACUUCGUGGACAAGGAACGUGAGCCAGACCCGCCUGGUGCAUUGGCUAGAGCGCUGGAUAAGAUCGAGGCGCUACAGACUGAGUCGCACUUUAUAUCCUUGCUCAAGGCAGAUCUGGCCUUUGCUAUCUACAGACGAUUGUGGUUGAUGAGUCUGACCGAUGCCAAAGACAAAGCAGAAACUGUCGUCAGCAUUGGUAAAUCAGCAUUGACAGCCUCUGCGAAGUUGCUCUCAAUCAGGACUCCUUGGUGGAACGUCAUCUGCACUCCCUUCCAGUUCCUGUGCGUGGUCAUAGCUGUUGGGACGCCUAGCAGUCUCGCACACAUACAAGAGGUCAUGAACCUUAUGCACAACAUCGCACAGACGUACGAUACACACAUGUGCAGAGAGGCGUACAACCAGGCUACUGCCUUGAUUACGAUGGCUCGGAAACGCAAGCAGAAGGAGUUGGAAGCACUGAAUGCCGUGCCAGAGACACCACCGUUCACCGACCACCCUUCAGCUGGACCGAGUAGUACGCUCUCGGAUGCACCGAACAUGGAUUGGGCGAUGGAAAUACCGUUCGAAUGGGAUAUGUUCCUGAACCCUGAGCUGGUCGUGUCGAGUCAGCAACCCUUGCCCAUGGAGAGCGCGUAUGCCAAUCAGUUCAAGUUCUGA